CCGCAGGGGCAGGAUUCCCCAGGCGUGCGCUCAGCGCUCUGCUUCUCUCCCCAGACCGCUGGGGCUUGUCUUGUGUGCGCAGCAGGCUCGGUGGGGCCCAAGACGCUUCUGGUUUCAUGCCCGUAACGCCGCUUCCGGAGCUGAAAACUCUCUUUUCAGGGAGGGGAAAGAUGCGGGCCGAGCCCGUCAGUUGCUGGCGUCCCGCUUCUAGCCGUGGUGCCUGCUGAAGGGUUGCGGGGCAGACACCCCGGGGCUCAGACACGCUAGGCUGCACUUUGAUCUUUCAGCUUCUGCGGGGAGGGGCGCUUUCGUUUCUUCGUCGCUGUCAGGCUCCGGUGACAAACACAGCCAGGCUGCUUGCGGGCUCGCUUACCUUGGGGGUGGGGGCUGACCCCACUUAGCAAGCGAUGAGCGUCAGAAAGGAAUCGCGCCCCUCUGUGGAGUUCAUCAAAGGUCGCCUUUAUUUUGCAAUUCUCUGCCAAAAACCAAAGAGUGGUCUUGCAAAUACACACUAUUUCUGCAUAGAUGAUGAACUUGUAUACGAGAACUUCUACGCAGAUUUUGGACCUCUCAAUCUGGCAAUGGUUUACAGAUAUUGUUGCAAGCUAAAUAAGAAAUUAAAGUCAUUUACAUUGAUAAGGAAGAAAAUAAUUCAUUAUACUGGCUUUGAUCAGAAAAAGCAAGCAAAUGCUGCAUUCCUCAUAGGCUCUUACGCAAUAAUAUACUUAAGAGUAUCACCUGAAGAUGUGUACAGGCUCUUAUUGGCUGGAAAUAUAUGUUAUCUUCCUUUCAGGGAUGCUUCAUUUGGUACUUGCAAUUUUCAUCUAACAUUGCUAGACUGCUUUCACGCAAUAAAUAAGGCUUUGCAAUACGGCUUCAUGGAUUUCAGUGCUUUUGAUGUAGCUGAAUAUGAGCAUUAUGAGAAAGCAGAAAAUGGAGAUUUUAACUGGAUAAUACCAAACAAAUUCAUUGCCUUCAGUGGACCUCAUUCAAGAAGUAAAACGGAAAAUGGUUAUCCCCACCAUGCUCCUGAGGCCUAUUUCCCAUAUUUCAGAAGACAUAAGGUUACUACCAUAAUACGUCUUAACAAAAAAAUGUAUGAUGCCAAACGAUUCGCAGAUGCUGGUUUUGAACAUCAUGAUCUCUUCUUUGCUGAUGGAAGCAUACCUAAUGAUACUAUCGUAAAAACAUUCCUAAAUAUUUGUGAAAAUGCUGAGGGUGUAAUAGCAGUUCAUUGCAAAGCUGGUCUUGGCCGAACUGGCACACUUAUAGCCUGUUAUAUUAUGAAGCAUUACAGGAUGACAGCUGCUGAAACCAUUGCCUGGAUUAGAAUCAGUAGACCUGGCUCAAUAAUUGGACCACAGCAGCACUUCCUAGUAGAGAAACAGACAGAGCUUUGGACAGAAGGAGAUAUUUUCCGUGCAAAGUUAAGGGGAAAUCGCAAAAUUGCUGUUACAAAAAUCCUCACAGGAGUAGAUGAUAUUUCAAUUAAUGAUGCAAAAAACCGGAGAGCCAGCAGAAAAGACACUGAACUGUACAGUGAUGAAGAUGAUGCGAACUGUAUAACACAAGGUGAUAAGCUUCGUGCCCUGAAAAGUAAAAGGCAGACAAAGACUGCAGCCAUAGUUCCACUAACAGUAAUUCUACAAUCCAGUGUUCAGAAAAGUAAAACAUCUGAACCUAGCAUUUCUGGCAGUGCAGACAUUACUAAAAGAACUACCAGGUCUGCUGCAAGAAAAAGCAGUUUAAAAAGUCUGAUACCUCAGAGGGAGGAAAGGAAAAAAAGGAAUGCUUUACAGCAAAUGCACUUAAUGAAAUUAUGUGGUCAAUCCAUACCAAGAACCAGGACAGUGCUACGUUAAAGCAAAAUGAAGUGAACAGUGCUGAAGAUGAUGCUGGUGGGGGACAAAGGAAUAUUGCUAUGUAACUUAAUGACAUUUCUUUGAAAGAAAAUAAUUUUUAACUGCAAAACGCAGCUAAUAUUUAGCAGGCAAACACUUCUUAAUUUGUAGAAGAAAAUGACCUGUUGAAGAUGCUUGACAAACAGUUCAGCUUUCUAAUUCUAAUCAUUUUCUCACAUGUUAAAAAAAAACCUUGUAAAUCUAGACUCAGGUGUAAAUAUCGAAACUCUCUAUUGUAAAGAGGGCUUACUAGUGGGUAUGAAGCAUGCUUGUAGUUGUGAUGGCAAUCACUAAGCUACUGGCCACCAUAAGAAGUGAAGAUGUGGCGGAAGCUUCUAAAUAUUUAAUUAACUGUUGUCCAUCCAAGCUGGUCUCGGUCUCCAAUAGAGAGCAAACUUGGGAAGGCAAGAUUUUAUUCUCAUAACAUUGUACUUUUCUGUUUAUUUGGAUACCCUUCCUUAUUUUUGUAUGGAUUUUUUUAGGAAGCUGUAAUGUUAAAUACCCAAACUAAUACACCAAAGAAUGCUUUAUUUCAAAAUAUUUUUUUUAAAAAGCAAUUUAACUGUCUUAAUAGUACUAGCUUUUAGUUCCUCAAAAGGCAGUGGCUCUAUUAGCCAGUAGUAAUGCUUGAAAACAUUGAUUUUUCUACCAGAAUUUAUAAUUUAAAGCAGCACCAUCAACUUAGACUACACUGCUAUUUUAAACUUUUUAUCUACUUGUGCUCCAUGUAAUACCUAAAGUUCUCAGUGUUUCAGACAUAGUAAUGUUUCCUAAAGUUUAUGCAGCAGAUCAUGCUUUAUGAUCAUUCUCACAGUUGCUCUUGUUUAAUCAUCUGCCUUCAUAUAGGAGAUGAGGGGGGAACACACUUUAAAAAUGAAUUGUGAUUGAAAAACCAUGGAAACUGGCAGUGGGGAGCAGGUGUAGUCAAGUCAUUUUAAAAAAUGGUACUUUCAGGGGGACAGGAAUCCUUUUUAAACAUCCAGGUAUUAUUGCGGUUUUUUGGGGGGGGAGCGUGGGGGUUUGUUUUUUAAAUGUAGUUACCUAGUUAUCUCUGAAAUGUCACUAACUUUUUUAAAGGCAGCCCUGUCCAGGAUUUGAAAUGUAUUUCCUUUUCAAUACCUUUUCUAAAUCAGAAGCAUUUUUCCUAUUGUAUUUGAACAGCUUAUUUCCCCCCUGUAUCUUUGUCUGCCAACAUCACAUAUGACACAUGCACAGCACUGAGAGUAGAUCUGCUACUGCAUAGCCAACAGUGUAAAGUUACUACUUUCUGGAGAGGAAGGUUCAAUGAUACUCAACAGACUUUGUUUUGGUCCUGAAGGAGACCUACUGUCUUACAGUGAGAGGAAAGGUUCAUACUGAAUUUAAACACUGCUAGGCAACAUUCAACACCCAGUUCAAAUUUACAUCCUUUUUAAAGUAUUAAGUAAUAACUGGAGGGUGUUCUCUAGAUAGCAUAAGUAAGGCAGUUGAAUAUUAGUUCAGAAUAUGGAUAUUUGAGUUCUGAUAUGUUUAAUUAUGAAAACUUGAAUAUUCAGAAGAGAGAAGAAGAGCUUUUUCCACCAUAGAAUCAAACCAAAGGGGGAAGACAAAGACAGAUAACACUGAAUGAACACGUAUAACCAGGGCUCAACAAUUAGGGUAAUCUACUUGCCCAUGGCGAGUAGAUUUUAGCCUGGCACAGCGGUGCAGCACGAUCAGCGCAUGCACAGUGUGCCAAACCACGCAGCUGGUGAGUGGGGCUUGCUGCCACUUGUCAAGCCCUGCUCAUAACACUCUACCCUAUUCCUGGUCAUAGCUAGCCUGGCAGUUGCUCUUGUGCUAGCUCACAGUCCCAAAGGUCCAUCUGCCGUGAGGUUUGCCCAAGCCUAGUAUACCCCACACACUCACCCUUCCCUGCUCCCUAUCUUGGGUAUCCAUGCCCUGCUAUAGGAGCCAGCAUAGACAUUAGAACAUAAGAACAGCCAUACUGGUCAGGCCAAGGUCUAUCUUGUCCACUAUCCUGUCUUCCGACAAUGGCCAAUGUCAGUAUCCUCAAGGGAGUGAACAGAACAGAUACCCAUUAAGUGAUCCAUCAGUUGUUAUCCAUUCCCAGCUUCUGACAAAUAGAGGCUAUGGAAUAGCCAUUGAUGGAUCUAACCAUGAAUUUAUUCUUUUUUGAACCCUGUUAGUCUUGGCCUUCACAAUAUCAUCUGGCAAAGAGUUCCACAGAUUAACUCUGUUCUACGUGAAGAAGUAUUUCCUUUUGUUUGCUUUAAACUUGCUUCCUAUAAAUUGUAUUUGGUAAACCAUAGUUCUUGUGUUAUAAGGAGUAAAUAGCACUUCCUUAUCUACUUUCUCUACACCUAUUACGAUUUUAUAGACGGUAGUCCUCUCCCAAGCUAAGAAGUCCCAAUUUUAAUAAUCCCUCCUCAUACGAAAGCUGUUCCAUAACCCUAAUCACUUUUGUUGACCUUUCCUGAACUUUUUCCAAUGCUAAAAUAUCUUUUUUGAGAUGGGGCCAACCACACUGUGAGGAUUCCAUUCAAUUUAUUAUGAGUGAGAUUUUUGCCUCUAAUGUAACAAGUGGAUCUCUUUGACUUUCUUCAUAAAAUAUUUGUUUCUAAAGCUUAAUACGAUUGGCCAUUAUAGUGCUAGUGCUGUUCAAGUAAAUAUUUCUUAAAUGCCCGGCCUUGGGAAAGUCGCAGCUAUAUUUUUGACAAGCCUAAACAGUUGCAUGAGGGAAAAAUGGUGGAGUUGAGAGGAUUUAAAAAAAAAAAAAAA